CGCAGACAAGAUUGCCGCCAACCAGUGUGCGUGUAACAGGAGCCGUCAGCGCAGUACCACAACACAACCAUUCAAGAAAGGCACUUGUGGCCCUGCAACAUGAAGCUGACCAAGUUAUUGGUGGUGUGUGUAGCCAUGAUGGCCAUCAUUGUCGUCCAGGCCAAGAAAGAGAGAGGCGUUCUAUGUAGCUCAACUGGAGGCAAGUGUCGCUCGCCGGGUGCCAAGUGCCUCAGAACAUUGGGUCAAGAUGACUGUGGUCGCGGAACCGUCUGUUGCCUUACAGGUCAAAGACAACUGAACACCGAAAACAACGUCCCACUAGCAUCACGCGAGAAAAAGAAUAACCCAGAGAAGGAGAAGAAAUCGCAGUCAAGUCAAGUCAGGAAAAAACAUAAUGAAGACGAUGACAAGAAGAAUCGACGUCAACUCGGGAAAAUUGCCAAGCCUGCACAAAAGAAACGCCGCAAAAACACUGAUAACAAGAAACGGUGGAAAAGCAUGAAAACUAAAAAGGAAAGUCAAGGGGGAUUCAAGAAAACUAAUGGGAAGAAAUUUAGAAAAAAUAAAAAUAAACUCAUUAAAAAUGAAGCAGAAAAGAAACACAAAAACAAAAUUGAGAAAGAAGAUAGAGGGGGAGAAAAGGACCAAAAAGCCAUCGAAGAUAAAGUUAAGCGCAGGAAAAUGAACGAUAAAGGCAAGAACAAAACGAGGAAAAAAUUUAAGACAAGGAAUGGUGAGAAUACCAAACCAAAGACCAGAAUAAAUGCUAAGGAAGAUACAAAUGAAAGAAAGAAGAAUAAGGAAGAUACAAAUAAAAGAGAGAAAAAUAUGGGCGAUGCAGAUGACAGAAAAAAGAAUAAUAGCGACAAAAGUGAACAAAUGAAGACCACAGAGGCCAGAAUUGUUAAAUCGGAAACAGCGGAGACGAAGAAAUUCUGCAAAAAAGGAGAAGCCAAUUGUCUGAAGGCAGGAGGCUUCUGUGACGACGGUAGCAAGUCCAACUCCCAAAAGUGCAUCGAUAAUAAAGUGUACCCCCAAGAGAACAGUUGCGAACCCUGCAAAUGUUGUAUUCCUCCACCUCCUCCACUAUAUGGUCCUCCUCCAAAGAAGUGCAAAGGCAAGUGCAGGAAGGGCAAGUGUACCACAAAGGAAAAAUGCAAAGGCAAGUGGAAGUCAGAAGGAUGCAGCGGUGGUGAGACCUGCGGGUGUUGUAAGAAGGCGAAAAAGAAAUGCAUACCCUUGGAUGUGUGCAGAGACGAGGGUGGAGUGUGCAAAAAGCGCUGCAACAAGAAGAAGGAGAUGGAAGUCCCGUAUGGCUGUAAGGGGAAGAAAUGUAUGUGCUGUGUGCCCAAGGGCUGUGAGACCAAGGGCAAGUGUAAGCAAAUGGGCGGGAAGUGCACCAAGGAGAAGGAUUGCUGGGCUGGUCAAUACGUCACGAAGGGCUGUAAGAAAGACUGCGUUUGCUGCCUCGAGGACGCUCUCUGCAAGGCGAAUCCCAUUUGCGAAAAGUACCAUGGGAAGUGUCAGGAGGUGUGCUCAGGCGAACACCGAGUGAUCCGAAGAGGUUGUAUGACGGAUAACUGCAAAUGCUGUGCUCCGAAAUGCAAGCUGUCCUACGAAUGUGAAAAUGCGGGCGGCUACUGCGUCGAGAACGAGCAUGACUGUCAUUAUGGCUACAUCUAUGGGAAGUGCUUGGGCAAAAAGUGCUUCUGCUGUCGACCAAAGAAGACAACUACCACCUCAACUACCACCACAUCCACAACUACAACCACAACAACUAAGCGCUCCUCGCCUUACAGGAACUCUGAGCAAGCUUCGCCCGACCUAGUAUCUCUUUAG